GGUUCGCAACAGUUCGCUCGAAGACACGUGGGAGACCAGAGAGCGGGGCGCGUCGUUCCUUGCGCGAUUGUACAAAACGGUGAACACGCACGAUUCUCACACAACGAAAAUAAAAAAGAAAAAAAACCCCGAAUAAAACACGCUUAGCGGCGGAUUGCGCGUUAAACGAAGCGAAGAAGUUAGGAGUAUGCGAAAAUAAUUUACACGAAAAGACGAGCGGACGAAAGUUACGGAUACAACGCUGUUCUGGACGGGUGGUAAAGCGCCAACAGACGCGAAACGAACGAGACGAGAGAACGAGAAAAGUUGACCAAACAGUCGUGAUUCGAAAAACGAAAAUAAAAUCGCGCCUACCGAAGCAAACGAAGAAGAAACAAAAAUAUCAUCUCGAAGAGACAUCGCGUCGAUCUGAAAGAUCGGAAGUGCGAACAAGAAACGAUUUUUUAAUACAGCGUCGUCCGUAGGAAUCUCACUGUUCGUGCGGGGUCGUUGACAGCUUCUUUUUCGCGAUCACGUCCGCGUGAGAAAUCAUCACUGUGUCACACAACGACAGUGUCAUCAAUUCGGUGACGGGAAAAAGCGCGCGAUAUCUCUGAGUGAUGUUGAGAGCUAGUUGGGAAUCGCGGAAGUUCAUAGAGGAACAUGUUGCAGAGCAGGGCAAGAAGAAACGGUGCCACGACGACGACGACGACGACGACGACGAAUGCACGAGCAACAACAACGUCGACUCCGGAUUCGUGUCGAGCGGCAAUCUGCAGUUCAGCGGAGAGUUCUGCGACGUCUCGAAUAAUUCGGAGUUGCUGCGAGAGGAAGAAGAGAGGGUGGGAAAGGUGACAGUGACCACAGCGUUACCAUUAUCAGUAACACCGUCGUCGUCAUUAUCAUCAUCAUCAUCAUUAUUAUCAUCAUCAUCAUCGGUGGAGGAUCCAAUGAGGGCUCUCGACAGUGGCGUUGAUCUCACCGAUAACCUGAGCCAGCUCUCGCUGAUGCAAGUCAGCCUGAACGCGCUUGCCGCCAAACCAUCGUCGUUGGACAUCAAACCGCAAGGACUGCGAUGCAAGAACGAGGGACUGUUCGAGUCGACAACGAUUGACAAACAGUUUAUGAAAACUCCCUGGAAGUUCUACUAUACGCAGAACGACGACGGCAACACGCAAUUGCACAUCGCGAUCUUGCAAAACUACAAGGAAUUCGCCUAUGUUUUGAUAACGAUGGCGCCUGACCCGUACGUGCUGGACAUUCCGAACGAUGACUGGUUAUCGCCUCUGCAUGUGGCGGUGUUGACACAUCAGCCGGAGAUCGUCAGACACUUGAUCGUGGCAGGAGCGGAUCUGACUGUGAGGAAUUACCGCGGAAAUACACCUCUUCACGUGGCCUGCGAGAACGGAGAUCUCGAGUGUGUCAUGGCUCUCACAGAACCACUAUCGGAAACGGAAAGAAGCAAUGUUCUCAACAAGAAGAGAUCAGGCAUCUUUCCUCAAGACUUGGAGCAACGUAACUACGUAGGUGAAACAUGUUUGCACCUGGCCACUGCCAAUGGACACGCGGAAGUGGUGCGACUUCUGAUCAAUCUGGGUGCUGAUCUCAGAUCGAAGGAAGGUCUGUCGGGUUAUACAGCUCUUCAUCUCGCAGUUGUACGUGAACAAGUGGCGGUGUUUAACAUCUUGUUGCCUGAGUAUAAACGCGCGUCCUGUCUAGAUGUAGAAAUAUAUAACGGCCAAACAGCUUACCAGUUGACUCUCUCGGCCGAGAGCGAGUUCGCCAAGAAUGCGCGGAAACAAUUGCUGAUGUGCGGUGCGUCGACGGAGCUAAUAACGGAAUCCGAUUCUGAGAGCAGCAGCGAGGACGAAGAAACGAAUAAUAAUAUGACUCCGUAUUACUUCUCUUCGAUCGUCAACAACACAAUCGGUGUAACGAGUUAAAGUAGUUUCUACCGAUUAGUUCAUUUAAACGUAUCUAAAAAUCUAGAACGUAUCUCUUCUUUGGAAUCGUUGAAUAAGAAGACAGAGUAUACAGGUAAUACAUUGUAAUGUAUACGUACGAAGACUUACUUCCUAGUCGACUUGAAGCCAUCUUCAGCUUAUCAGCUGAAUUAAGACAGAUAAUUGCUGCAAACAAUAAUUUGCAAAUCAAAAAAAAAAAAAAAAAAAAAA